CGGCUAUUGAUUGGCUGCGGCGAGGGCAGGCGGCUCUGCCGGCAGCGGUUACCCAGGGUUUCCGGUGUGAGGCCAGAGUGGGCGAAGCCGUCGGGACGUAGGCUGUGAGGAUCCGCUCCUAACCUAGCAUUACAAACCACAAUGAAGAACCAAGACAAAAAGAAUGGAGCUGCCAAACCAUCAGGCUCCAACACAAAAAACCCGGGGCAACCGGAAGCAGGACCAGAGGGAGCCCAGGGGCGGCCCAGCCAGUCGGCUCCUGUGACAGAAGCUGAAGGUUCCACCAGCCAGGCUCCAGGGAAGACUGAGGGAGCACAAGCCAAAACUGCUCAGUCAGGGGCCCUCCGUGAUGUCUCUGAGGAGCUGAGCCGCCAGUUGGAAGACAUCCUGAGUACAUACUGUGUGGACAAUAGUCAGGGGGGCCCAGGUGAGGAUGGGGCACAGGGUGAACCUGCUGAACCCGAAGAUGCAGAGAAGUCCCGGACCUAUGCCUCAAGGAAUGGGGAGCCUGAACCAGAGACCCCAGUAGUCAAUGGUGAGAAGGAGACCUCCAAGGGAGAGCCAGGCACAAAUGAGAUCCGGGCAAGUGACGAUGUUGGAGACCGAGACCACCGAAGACCACAGGAGAAGAAGAAAGCCAAGGGUCUGGGGAAGGAGAUCACAUUGCUGAUGCAGACACUGAACACACUGAGUACCCCAGAGGAGAAGCUGGCAGCUCUGUGCAAGAAGUAUGCUGAACUGCUGGAGGAGCACCGGAACUCCCAGAAGCAGAUGAAGCUCCUGCAGAAGAAGCAGAGCCAGCUGGUGCAGGAGAAGGAUCACCUGCGCGGUGAGCACAGCAAGGCCGUCCUGGCCCGCAGCAAGCUGGAGAGCCUAUGCCGCGAGCUGCAGCGCCACAACCGCUCCCUCAAGGAAGAAGGCGUGCAGCGGGCCCGGGAGGAGGAGGAGAAACGCAAGGAGGUGACCUCGCACUUCCAGGUGACGCUGAAUGACAUACAGCUGCAGAUGGAGCAGCACAAUGAGCGCAACUCCAAGCUGCGCCAGGAGAACAUGGAGCUGGCUGAGCGGCUCAAGAAGCUGAUUGAGCAGUACGAGCUACGAGAAGAGCACAUUGACAAAGUCUUCAAACACAAGGACCUGCAGCAGCAGCUGGUGGAUGCCAAACUCCAGCAGGCCCAGGAGAUGCUCAAAGAGGCAGAGGAGAGGCACCAGCGGGAGAAGGAUUUUCUCCUCAAAGAGGCAGUGGAGUCCCAGAGGAUGUGUGAGCUGAUGAAGCAGCAGGAGACCCACCUGAAGCAGCAGCUUGCCCUAUACACGGAGAAGUUUGAGGAGUUCCAGAGCACUCUUUCCAAAAGCAGUGAGGUGUUCACCACAUUCAAACAGGAGAUGGAAAAGAUGACUAAGAAGAUCAAGAAACUGGAGAAGGAAACCACCAUGUACCGGUCCCGAUGGGAGAGCAGCAACAAGGCCUUGCUUGAGAUGGCUGAGGAGAAAACACUCCGGGACAAAGAGCUGGAGGGCCUACAGGUGAAAAUCCAGCGGCUGGAGAAGUUGUGCCGGGCGCUGCAGACAGAACGCAAUGACCUGAACAAGAGGGUACAGGACCUGAGUGCUGGUGGCCAGAACCACCUCACUAACAGUGGCCCUGAGCGAAGGCCAGAGGCUGCCACUGCCUCCAGGGAGCAGGGUAGUGAGGGGCCCGGGGCCCAAGUACCUAGCUCCCCAAGGGCCAUGGAAGCUCCUUGCUGCCCUGGAGCACUGAGUACAGAAACAUCGGGCCAAAUAGGGCCCCAGGAGCCCACCUCCACCACUGCCUAGGGAGCCCGGCACCGGGGGUGUGCUGGGAAGGGAGCAGGCAGCCCUGGCCCAUGCAAGACUCCCACCACUAAGUAGCCAGAGCCCGAGGCCAGGGUGCUGUGAUCUGGCUGGCAUCUGACAUUUUGCAGUUUUGAAUUUUGUGGGUCAGUUUUACAUACAUAACAGCAUAUGUGCAAGGCCUCAUACAUUUAUAUCUGUAAGUGUAAAACGGACUUGCGUUGAAGGUGUACAGAUGAAAUGAGUGGCUCUUCUGUGAGCCAAAGAGUCUUACAGAGAAUCUGUCAUCUAUAGCUGCCUUCACAGUGAGCUGGCAGGACAAGUGACCUGAGCAUUUCCCUGCCUCAUUUGUGGCUCACCCCUUCCCCUCCUGCCAUUCAGGACUCCUGACAAGAGACAUACCCAGGCCUUGACUGAAUUUUCUCUUGUUGGGGCUCCUAGCUCCCCUGGAAGCUCCUUUGCUUUUCUCCUGGAAAAGGGACCUCCAGGCAGGGCCCUCAGACUUGGUAACGGAACUGCUUUCCUGCCUAGGACGAGGACCUGGAGUGUGUGUGUGUGAGAUGAAGCACUAGGGGGGAGCCCCUCGGGUGCCACAUCCCCUGCCCUCCAGUAGUGCCAGGACCAGGCCAAUGAUGCUUCUCAGUAGCCUUAUCAUUCACAGGUGCCUCUCUAGCCUGCACAAAAGAUGACAAGAGAUCACCCAAAGGAUUCUUCUGAAGGUUUUUCUGUUCCUGUUUUUGUUUUCGCACAUGACAGUGUUUGCUUCGAGAUUUUGAAAGGGUGUGGGGUGCUAUGGCAGUGGCACCCCAGUUCCCGGCUCCUAUGCCCCACCCCCUCUUCAGCCCACCUGGCGCCUUUGCCAUGUUGGUGCUAAGGUAUCCUGUUAGAUGAAACAGAUUGUAGGAGGAAAGGCUUCUCACACUGUUCAGCGUGCCUGUGGGUUUCAGUCCUGGGCAGCUGGUGCUGAUUGCCCUUGUCACUGUCUCCAAGCAGCGGCUGUGGGCCGCCUGUCCAACUUUCCCUGUGGCUUUGGGUCUGCUGCUUCCUGACUUCCCCUGCAGUGUGCAGCCUUUGAGGUCUGCCCUGGUGCCAUUGCCUAAGGAAUAAGCUGAGGUAUGUGGGAGUCCCCAGUUCUUCCCUGACAAUUGAGGGAUGAAAGACUCAACAAUUUUCUGAGCCCCAGAAACCCACAAAAUGGCUGCAGUUAUUUGUGUCUGUGUCCCCUUCCCAAAUACCUGCUGUCCUGUACUCUAAAAGUUCUGCUGGGUGCAGACUUGCUGGGAUUUUCACCAGUCUAUACAGAGCAGUUUUCUGGAACAAAUUAGAAUAAGCCUCAGACCAGGAAGAAGGGCUGUGCUGGGCUUGAGGUACUGCAUGCCAUCUCCAGCUAGACCUCAGCCUCCCUGUAGCUUAGGGAACCACAGACUGAGGAGCAGGAUGGUCUGGCUUCUGCUCUUGCUGUGUAUCUGAAACUCGUUCAUUAUCCUGUAGGUCCCUUCAUCUUCUAUGUCUAGCCUGCUCUCAACCCUUAACUGAAAUCCCUCAGAUUCAUGAAGAGUGUUCAGUACUCCAGAAUUAUGUUAGGACUUAGACCAGAGAUGGCAAGGGAGUGACACACCAUCUCUCCUCUGCCCCUGUGGCAAGUACCAUUAACCUCCUUUUAGAGUAUUCCCACUAAUCCCUGGGAUAUCCUCAUUUCACAAGACUCACCAGCCAAAUGUAAGUGCUGAGGCCUGUUUGCCAUCUCUGGCUAAGAUACUGCUCUUCUGUGGGGAAGUGUUUACCAAGACCUUUUCUUCCCUUCUGAAAUGCCUGUGUCUGAAUGGUCCCCAGACUUGCCUUUUUCUGCUCCAGUAAGGCUUUCUGCUUUCCCCCGCCCCGUACCAGGCUGAGGUUCUCGAGCUGCCAACCCCAUAUAGGAUUUGCUGGGCUGUGGAAGUACAGGGAAGAGGCAGAAACUUCUGAUUGCCUGCCUCACUUCAGCUACCUGCGCUGGGGUGUUGAAGCCCAGCGUGGUGGUGUGGAGAUGGCACCUGUAUGGCACAGCAGCCCUCUGAGACUAAGUCUAGCUACUGAGGAGAGGCAGUGAGCAGGGGGGCCCCACCUGGACUCCCUAGGUCAGAAAAAUAAGUCGUCGGCAGGGUAUAACCUUUACUCUCAGCUCCAGCCAUCACUCUGUCUUCAGGCCCAUACUCCCCUUCUCUCCAUUGACCCAAGUUACGCCAGUCACUGCAGCUGCUCCACUUGCUCUGCUUCCAGUCAGCCCAGCUCCCUGCGUGCUGCCCACACCAGCCAGGGCCUGGGCCAGAUGAGGAAGGUGGCCCAUCUGUGACUGAAGGCCAGUGCCUUCCUUGCUGGCAGGCCCCACAUAUAGGACCUCAGUUUUAGGACCAAGAGCUGUGUUAGUUACUGAGACUGCUAGCUUUUCCUCCUGGGAACCAUAGUGGCUGAGGCUCACAGCCCAGAGCCCUCAGCUCCUCUGACUGUAAUUCAUGUCAGGACCAUCUCUGGCUGAGAGCUUCAAGUAUACCAGAUUCUGAGGCAGCAGCACUUUCAAUUGUUCUUUGUUUUACAUGAGGUUUUUGGACCAUGGGCUGAACUCAGGCACUUUCUAUAAAGGAAUGUUAUGUCCGUAAAAGUGGUUAUUUCUCCUCUAGCCCAUCAUACUGGCCCUGCUGAGGGCUGACCAAGAGGCCACUAGAGCUGCCCUGGUAUCUGGAGGGUAUCUGCCUGCUGAGCUGAUUCUCCAGCUGCCUCCCCAGCCCCCCACCUUACACCACGCAGAGGGUCUGACCCCAGGGACAGCCAGGCACCUGCCUGGGGGAGGGGUGCUGCCUUCUGUCCCUGUAACUGCUUCCCAUAACGGCCCGACCUGGCUACCAGAUUUGUUUGAAGCUGUGCUGACAGCCUUUUUGUCUCCUUUUAGUGUUCACAGCAGCCAGGGACUUAAUUUUGCUGUAUUUUAAACCACAUUAAAUAAAGAGUUUGUUGCCUUAA